AUGUCCAUUGUCAAGGGAGCUUACCGUGUAAUCACUUGUGAGGGCCCUGUGCAGCUUCACGAUGGAGAGGAAAAGAAUAGCGGAAGCGUUGCCAUUCAAAUCGCGGGUCCAACGUUCGCCUAUUCUCCAUCUCCUUCCUUCCCUCCCUCAUCGACACCCCGCCUCUUCCGCGUCGGACUUGCCUGCGAACUCGCCAACGGACCUCGUCUUCGUGAGCUCGCGCCUUCGUCGUCUGGGGUCGCCUACGGGCGCACAGCGUGCUUGGCAGGCGGUCCCUAUUUGGAUAUGCGCCUAUUGGGCGGCGACGCAUUGGCAGAGGAUGAAGAGGUGGAGACCGAUUGUCGUCCCGUCAAGAAACUCAGGGUCAGCACCUCUGUCUCCAUCACGACGAGACGCGACGGCAGGAUUACCGGUGAGCCCCCCCACCAUUGGCAUGAGCGACGCUCACACUCUCCCCGUACUCUCCUGCGGGCCGUUGGUUGCGCUUCUCAGCAUGUCCCUUACGAGCAGCUGCGCCAGGGCGUUCUCCGUAUCUACUCCCCCAUCCUUUCUGUCGCAGUCGAACCUGUGGAAGUCCUGUUUCCAGCUUUCGUGGACCGACCUUUGGACACCGUGCGCGAGCACCUUCGGAGCGUCCUGGAAUUGCGAGACGCUGGCUACGUCUACGAUUCUGGUCUGACCCCUCUGGAAUCCCUGUUCACGACGAAGUUCGACAUGUACUCGUCCAUCUUCAGCCAGGCGCAUCUUAAGGAACUCGGAAUUCUUUGA